AAAUAACACCAAAGCGCAUGCGUGUAUGUCCGCCCUGGUCUCCUUGCAAGGUUUAUUUGUGAAUUUCAUUCUUGCUGCGAUCCCGGAGUGCUGUCACCAUGGGACCAGGCCUAAGCAAGCUAUUUGUUAAAACAAAGGUCGUAUACGUUGAUAAAUACACGGAUGUUACUGAAAAAAGAGUCCGAGAAGCAGAGGAAAGGAAAGCUAAAGAGCUGAGAGAGCAAGCUGAGAGGGAACGCAGAGAAAUACAGGAGGCUGAAAGGCGAGACGAGGAAAGACGAAGACACCAACAACACCAAGAGGAACAGGAGAGACUGAGGAACGCAGAACGCCUCAGACGAUUGCAGCAGGAAGCACUCGGGGAGAGGACAAAGCUGCUUCUCUACAGAUUCGGCGACAAGCAUGGUUUACGUAACUUUGCAACCAUUGACAUACGCGACAUGCAGCAAAGUGCCCGUGGCCUACGGAUUGGCAUGUUCGGGCCAUCCGGGUCUGGAAAGAGCAGCUUCAUCAACACUUGUGAGCGUGCUGUUAAACAGACUAUAAGGGGAACCUGUGAGACCCAAACAAGUGGGCAGGAAGGAACAAUCCUCGUCCAAGAGUACCUUGACAACAUCGGUAGCAAGUUCUGCUUGGUCGACACUCGCGGCUUCUUCAACUACGGUAAUGAGGAGUUCACGGCCAUGAAAAACAUCGUAUAUGGACGGAUCAAAGCAGGCGAGAAGAUCGAAGUCACCGGUGAAGAACAAGUGGAUGAAAGCAACAGCCAGGACACCUUCACUGACUGGCUUCAUGCCAUAGUUAUCGUCUUGUCAGCCAAAGACCCACUACUUCUUGACGGGACACACACGACGAACCUGAAUACCAUCCGGCACUUUAUGAAACCAAGAGGUAUAGCCCCGGUGACUGUUAUAACGCACGUUGACCGGGUCCGAGGCAAUCAUGAAUUGGAGAGGAUCAAACUGAAGGCGUCCGCUGCUACAGGAAGCCCUCCAAACCACGUCUACUUCAUUCAGAACUACCACCCAGAGCAUGAGGAGCGAGACUUCAACACUGAGCUGCAGGCAAUGAAAAUACUCAACGCUGCCCUCGUUGUGGGGGAGAGAUUCGUGAAGAUUUCCAAACAGCAACAUCAGUACGAUGAAGAGACAAAGCAAGCAGCUGCAGCUCGAUCGAGGACACGAGAGUCUAUCGAUGAUUUCUUCGACAUGCUUUGUCAAACCAAGAAAAUCCCGCAUGACAGGUUCAGUCCAACCAUUUCUGCCUUGAAGAGAGAAGACGUUACAACGACCAAACUGCUUCGAGACCACUGGACCGCCCUGGAAAACAUACUACCAAUAGGUCCAAGAAUGAAAACGUACAUUAAAGAUGCCUUGUUUGAAAAAAGCUAGGCAACCCCCCUGAUACUUCAAUGAAGCUUUUUACACACUUGAUGUCAGUCGUUCCUCAAACAAAAGCUUGUGUUAUAAUUGGAUGCUUGUUUACUCAAUAUCGAUGGUUUCAACCAACUUGUAGUUCUUCUCAUAUGAUUUCUUGUUCUGGACUUAACUAUCACUUAACCAAACAUUAACUACUCGCUUGUGAGGGGUAUACUACAACAGCAAAAACCCUUAGCCAUAAUGAGAGGUGCGAUUGCGAUAAAAUUGAUUAAUCCGAAUUGUUGCUACAGUCUUGUAAUGCUUCACCAGGUAGGCAGUGGACAUAUGGGAUUUAAUUCAUGUCGCAGUUUAUUUUGGUGUUCAUUGUAAACCCAAAACUUGUAUGACUUUAUACAAUGUCGUAGGUAGAUUGUUGAAGACUACUGAAAUGACACUAAACGACUAACUUUAAAUCGCCAUCUGAUAGAAUUUUAAAAAUGUAGCAAUUUCUGUAUCAAUUUAAAAAGAAAGAGCAUAAUGACUCUUAAAGAUGACCUUAAUUACGUACUGGCAGCAUAGUACACCAAAUGAUUAGAUUUUUCAAUAGAUUGCAAACUUAAAACUGCAAAUUCCGUCAAACUUCACCAAUAAAAACUAUAAUUUCUUAUGAACAUGUCUUCUAUGACUCCCAUUGGUCAUGCUUAGGAUCUUAACACGAAGUCUCGA